UGUUAUUCCGACGUCUGUCGUGCAGCGUGAUGUCUGCUCGUUGCAUAGCUGUUCCAACCGGCACGCUCACUGCGUUCUUUUAAAUACAACGUAAAUAACGUUUCUCGGUGUUCUGUCCUAACGCAGGCCGUCAAUUCACUCGUCGCGAUGGCACUCUUCAGGCCAGCAUGGCGAUUCGCAUUCCAACGACUCGUCCGCAAUGCCUCAAACCGGAACGUCGGUGAACUGCAAGCGAUACCGGCGAGACCACUGAGCAGCGAUUCCGACACUCCGUCUACGUACACGAGCAACCCGUUCUACAGCAAGUACGCGGACAAGAUUCGAGAACUCGAACGGCGAGAUCCCGAUGCGCUCAAAAGACGUCGCCAGCAGGACGAGGCGGCGUCGACGUCUCAGAAGAAGACUACGAACGCGACGGAUUCCGAGGAUAGCGGUGUUGGUAACGCAACUGUCCGGGAGGAAAAGUCGCUACAACCGGAGCCGACCUACGUGAGACCUUCCAAGUUCGACGCUGAGGCGAUACGGGAACUACGUUCGCGAUGCAACUCAAUCUCCGAGCUCACGGAGGCCUGGAAACAACUGCAUGCCGGCAGAGACGCAGUCUGCGCUGUGAUCCCUAGUUCUACGUACGAAACGAUACGGGAACGGGCUAAGGACUAUCCCGUGUUCCUCUACCCUCUCCCCAGGAAAGCCGGAGGCUACGAGUUCGUUCUCUCCCAGUUCUUGGGUGACCAGUGCCACAUGACUCCUCUGGCCAGCUACCAGAGGCACGGCAGCGAAGCACCGGCCUGUCUCGCGCUUAGCUACUUGACUCAGCUCGCCUCUAAGGAUGACUUGUCGGUGGUUCUGAUGAGCGGCGAAUACGACGCCAAGGUUAUCGGUCCCACGGAAGCGCAGUGUUUGGUCAAUCAGUUGCAACUCUACUACGGUGGAAACGAGCUCAAAAAGAAGCUUCUCCUGUGGAACUUCAACCGCGAGUCGCGCUCCUUCAACCACGAGGCCCUCAUCCGGGAGUUCGAGUCGUCGGUGACGCAGGAACAGGAAGGUUCCUCUGUGAGGCAGCGUUGAAAG